AGUACGGACUUGGACCGUUCGAAGUGCCGGUCGCGGUUAAGUUAGCGAGAGAAGAAGGAGUACAAGGCUUGGUUCGCAGCGCUUGCCGAAUAGUCGUCUGCGAGGAUCGGUGCAGUGACAGUAGAACAACAAUAGCCGCAACGACUGAACGAUAGUUUGAAAUUGAAACCAGAACCGCCAAUAUCAGCGUGAUAGUAAUGAGCAGAAAUUGAAAGAGGAAAGGAAAAAGAAAAACAAAAGAUUAAACGAACACGUUUUAGAUCGUUACGCGCAAGCUACACGCGAUACGCACCCAGCAUUCGUUCUCGAAGCCUCGUCCUCGAUCCAGAAAAAAGAAGAUCAAACCGAGUAAGGUGCUAACCGUAGGGGUUAUACGAGUUACGAAUGAGGAAUGAAAGCGCGAGGUUUAACGAAGAGUGCAACCUUAUACCAGGAACGCGAAUUGUCUAUUCCUCGCGGUAGACGCGCGGCGUGAAAUCGUCGCCGAUCGUCUCGUGUAUCAAACCGGCCUCCGUCUGACGAACUCCAGCGUAGUAAAUACUCCCGUAAAAGGGGAAGGACGGAAGGAAGGAAGGAACGAAAGAGGGGAGAAACGAGAAACGAGGCGGUGCUGACUCGGGUUGACGGCAUCGAAAUCAGGAGCAGGGGACCGGGCCCAGUCUGUGUUUACCGACCAAGUUUCGCGGGUCCCAAACGUGACGGAGUGCGUGCGUCGAUCGUCAGUGUGAGAAUUCGAGCAGUUUGCAGUUUUACACUUGAAUAUAUGUAUAUUCGGUGGUGCGACUGAUCGCACGUAAAAUUGUGCGCGAGUGUUUGACAGGGUUGUAGGGGAAGGAGGCGGCUUCAAGCUGCGGUAGUUCUCCGACAGUUAGUUUCACGCCCAUUUAUUAAAUCCGGGUGACGGAUAUGACGAGGAUUUUUUUUCCCGCAUUUAGUCGGGGCCCGGAGAGCCGGAAGUAGGUUACUGUGAAACACGGAUAAACCGGGAGCGAGUUUUCGAGAGGGCAGAUGCGUUGCAGACCAUGGUCGCUCUGUCCGGUCCAACGGGGAUCCUAGCGGACCACCCUUCCGGUUCUGAACGGUUACACGGGCCCGCGCCGUCCCAAACCGACCGCGAAACAGACCUUGACCAACCCUCCUCGAAUGCGAGGUACACCGGAAGUACCAGACACAGGCACGAAACCGACCUUUACGUCAGGCCCAGCUGGACCGAUGCCGCGAUCGCUUUGGAUCAGCUCGAGAAGGGGAAGGCGGAGGGUCAAAGGUCGGCCGUGUGGAUUCGAGCGCUCCUUCAGGAUCAUCUGAGCCAGCUGGGAUACUUCCUGCAGAGGCACGCAGGGAAGGUGCUUUUUGUCGCGAUACUGGCUCUAGCGACCUUCUGCGUUGCUCUAAAGUCGGUCCAAGUUCACAGCCGGGUAGACCAACUAUGGGUACAGGCGGGUGGAAGGCUGGAGAAAGAGGUCCAGUACGCGAGCAAGGCUCUCGGCGAGGCUGCAGCCUCGACGCAUCAGCUCGUGAUCCAGACCCCGAAGCACGCGGGAGCAAAUAUCCUACAUUCGAGUGCUCUGAAGGAACAUUUGACCGCCCUCAGAGCCGCGACUCAAGUCACCGUCCAGUUGUUCGAUACGUCCUGGCGCCUGAAAGACAUGUGCUACGCGCCGAGCGUGCCCAAUUACGAUAUGCACUUUGUCGACCAGAUAUUCGAGCACAUCAUACCGUGCGCAAUAAUCACGCCCUUGGACUGUUUUUGGGAAGGUAGCAAACUCCUUGGUCCGGAGUAUCCAGUUCACAUACCGCACACUAAAACCGUGGUUCAAUGGACGCAUUUAAACCCCACCGAGAUGCUGGAACAGAUGAAAAAACUUCCGUUCGUAUUCUCCUUCAAGACUCUCGAGGACUACAUGAAACGGUCAGGGAUAACGAACGGGUACCAGAGCAAACCGUGUCUCGACCCCACGGACAAGGACUGUCCCGAAACUGCCCCGAACAAAAAGUCACAACAGCCACCAGACGUAGGAGCAGAGCUGACCGGAGGCUGUUACGGAUUUGCAGCGAAGUACAUGCACUGGCCAGAGGAGCUCGUAGUCGGGGGAGCAAAGCACAAUAAGACUGGUCACCUUACGCGGGCCGCAGCACUGCAGACCGUCGUUCAGCUAAUGGGAGAGCGGGAACUCUACGAGUUUUGGGCGAACACGUACAGAGUUCAUCACAUCGAUUGGUCCCAGGAGAAGGCGUCUAUCGUUCUCGAUACCUGGCAGCGGGCGUUCAGCAACGAAAUAAAGAAACAACUGAAGGGAAACGGAAGCGCGCCUUACAACCUCUACGCCUUUAGCACAACCACGAUGAACGACAUUCUUGGAAAGUACAGCGAGAUAUCGGUCGUGAAAAUCGUCAUCGGGUGCGCGCUAAUGGUCCUCUACGCGGGAUUGGCUCUCCUGAGGUGGAACGACCCUGUGCGCUCACAAUCGGGGGUUGGAAUCGCGGGUGUGAUGCUGGUGUGCACGGUGGUCGCAGCGGGUCUGGGUUUCUGCGCGCUCUUGGGCAUCCCAUUCAACGCGGCGACGACGCAGAUCGUGCCUUUCUUGGCGCUGGGUCUUGGUGUUCACGACAUGUUCCUGCUGACCCAUACCUACGCGGAGUUGUCGGUUAACGAGGUGCGGAGCGGAGAACAGACGGGAAUGGUGCUGAAACGUACGGGGUUGUCUGUACUCCUGACGGGGCUGAGCAACGUCUCGGCAUUUUUCGCCGCGGCGAUGAUCCCCGUACCGGCUCUGAGGGUCUUCUCUCUGCAGGCCGCGAUCCUGAUCCUCUUCAACCUCGCCGCGAUGCUGCUGAUUUUCCCGGCGAUGGUGAGCCUCGAUCUUCGCCGGCGUCGGUCCGGCCGCUCCGACAUUUUCUGCUGUUACCUUCCGGCCCUGAAAAGGCCCACGGUUUACUCCCCAGGCAGCGCAGGCUGCAGGGGCAACGGUUGCGGAACCGCGAAGCAGACCGUGACGCGGGCGAUUCCGCCCGAGCGCCGGGAGACCUGCACGCAAAUACUGAGCCCGAGGAGCCACAGGAACGAGGCGUGGAUCGGCGGCGACCUCAAAGGGGACGCCGAGAAGCAGCCCACCGAGGACGACUCGCUGACCGGCUGCUCAAAGGACGACUGCCUCGGAUUUGGCCUCUCGCAGCUCGCCGCCCGGCAUUACGCACCUUUCGUAACCCGUCCGACGACCAAGGUCUUCGGGAUGAUGCUCUUCGCUGGUAUUCUGGCCGGCAGCGCUUGGCAGGCGACGAGGGUCAACGAUGGACUCGAGCUGACCGACCUCGUCCCCCAAAAUUCUGACGAGCACGGCUUCCUCGCCGCCCAAGCGAAGCACUUCGGAUUUUACAACAUGUACGCGGUGACCGGACGCGACUUUGAGUACCCGAAUAAUCAGCGGCUCCUCUACGAGUACCACGAUGCCUUCAUGCGUGUCAAGAAUGUCAUCAAGAACGACGACGGUGGACUCCCGGAGUUCUGGCUCGGCCUUUUCAGGGACUGGUUGAAGGGACUUCAGGCGGCGUUCGACCGCGACUACAGCCGAGGGUGCGUCGUUCAGGAGGAGUGGUUCAAGAACGCGAGCGACGACGCAAUCCUGGCGUAUAAGUUGAUGGUGCAAACCGGCCACGUUGACAACCCGAUCGACAAGACGCUCAUCAAUCAAACGCGACUUGUCGACUCUGACGGUAUUAUAAAUCCUAGGGCUUUUUACAACUACCUCAGCGCCUGGGCGUCGAAUGACGCCUUUGCCUACGGCGCUUCUCAGGCUAACUUGAGACCGGAACCCAGGCAGUGGUUCUACACAAACGACCCCGAGCUCAAGAUACCAAAGAGCAUGCCUCUCACCUACGCCCAGAUGCCUUUUUACCUUCACAAACUCACGGACACCGAUCAGAUCACCGAGCUCAUCGGCAGUGUUCGAGAACUCUGCAGAAAAUUCGAGGAACGUGGUCUUCCUAAUUUUCCCUCCGGGAUUCCAUUUCUUUAUUGGGAACAGUACAUGGGCCUGAGAGGAUGUCUCGGUAUAGCGCUUCUCGCUGCCCUCGGCGCUUCCGUUGCCGUAGUUGGAGUUCUUCUUCUCAAUCUAUGGGCCGCUCUUCUCGUCGGUACCUCGUUGGCUGGGGUUGUUUUACAGCUACUUGGGAUCAUGGGACUUUGCGGUAUAAAACUAAGCGCCGUUCCCGCUGUUUUACUCGUCGUGAGCGUCGGUAUCGCCGUACACUUCACCGUUCACAUAUGUCUGAGUUUCGUUACGAGCAUCGGCAGCAGGGACAGACGAGUCAGACUGGCCUUGGAACACAUGUAUGCUCCAGUGGUGCACGGUGCUCUCACGACGCUAUUGGCGGUAAUGAUGCUCGGACUGUCUGAGUUUGACUUCAUAGUGCGGUACUUUUUCCUGGUACUGGUCAGCCUCAUUGGUAUCGGGCUCGUGAACGGACUCUUCUUCUUCCCCAUACUCCUUUCCCUGGUUGGUCCAUCGCCGGAAGUCAUACCCAACGAUCAUCCUGACAGAAUAUCGACACCCACGCCCCCAGCAUCCCCCAUUGUCAGGCGGACCAAGCCCCCGGCGCCGCCUAAACGACCCCACAAGAGCGAGAGCAAUAGGCUGCACGCCGAGCCUUCGCUGACCACAAUCACUGAGGAACCAAAUUCAUGGCACAGUACUCAGGAAUCGUGCAUCAUUGUUCAGCCAGAGCUUAAAGUCGAGACGACUUCGACGUGCGGCAAUCAGAACUGUGGUGGAUCCGACACGAGUGGUUCUAGUCGAACGUCUCCAGUACCUUCGGCUUCUCACAUCACAACUAAGGUGACAGCUACAGCUAACAUAAAGGUCGAAGUCCACACGCCGUUGUCCAGUGGAGUGGACCGUGGUGAGAAAUGCAGACACGGCGGUGUCGCGAGCAGCAGGCGGAGUUCGCGUUGCAGCACGAACGUUAACGGGGGGGAAUCUUCCGGUUCUGAACCAGAUUCUGACUCAAAUGCGAACCCGACGAACACGUACAAACACUGACAAGUACCGGGACAAUCGGCAACUGCUGAUAAAGUACAGAGCGGAACGAAAACCUACACAAGGCUGACUAGGCUAGUUUCAACUUUUUCCUUCUCCCUGUUCCUCUUUAAUACUUAAUUUUCAUUACAGUUUUUAGGUCGUUUUUUUUUUAUUUCUUCUUCUUACCGAUUAACGAUCAACUUUUACUACCGUUAAGAGUACGAGAACAAGUUAGACGUACCAGAAUUGUAUAUAUAAAGUUGUCAUCAAAAUACACAAUAGUUGUACUGUUUUGAUACAAAGAAAUUAAGUGAUAACAGUUUGGAAUUUAGACGGCGGUACGAAUUUUCGGUGCUGUCCUCGGUGCAUCUGGUACAUUUAAUUAUCUCUCGAUGCGUUAAUAAGUAAUUCAAAGUAUUUCGAUGAUUAUUUUCGAGUUAUAAAAUGAAGAAUCAUGAAAUGAAAUCUACAAAGAGACAUAAGAAAAAAAAAAAAAGAAGAUAUCACGCCACUGCGUAUAUACUUUGGUGGUGGCAAAAGAAGAACAAACGUGUGUGCUUUUCUGCGUUUCGUACCGUGUGGAUACGUGGAUGCGUGCGGUUUGAGUGAAAAAAGUGUGCAUGAUAGAGAAAGAGAGAAGGACUAACUAUGCAGUUAAUUAUAAGCUUGAGAUUCCGUUGUUGACAUUGCAGAGUAUUGAUUCUCCGUAAAUUAUCCAACUGGAUCAAAAAAGGGGUAGAAAAUUGAAUUCUGUUUUAUUUAUUAAAUAGCUUCACGUUGUGCGACGUAAUGAACAACAAAAGUGCAUUGAUGCAUAGAAUAAAAUGAAUUUAAGCGAAGUGAGGUGAAACUGAAACCCUAUUUAUUAUUUAUUUUAGUUUUUUCUUUUCCAUAUGGAUAAGAGAAAUAUUUGUACAAUGUACAUGGAUAUUAUACGGAUAUACGACGGCACGUGUACAAUCUCUUAACCUAAUAAUUAUUAUUGUUAUUAAGUACAGUGACUUGUAAAAAUACUCAAUUAUUUAUGCUACACUAUACGUAUUAUUAUUAUUAUUAUUAUUAUUAUUAUCAACAUUUACUUUAAUUAAAAAGUCUAUGGCCUAAUUUAAUAAAACUUACAAUAAUGUUAAAUCAAUCAUACCUCUAUUAUUAAAUUGUGUAAAAAGUUGUAAUAUAUUUAUCGCAGGUUAAAAUCAAACAACCGAGUAUCAAUGUUUCACUGAAAUCUUCCGUUGUUAUUAUUAUCAUUAUUACUAUUCCUAUUGUUAUUAUCGUUAUAUCAAUUAAAAGGGGAAUAAAAAAAUUGAAUAAUAAUAAUAAUAAUAAAAUAUAGUAAUGAUAAUGGUAUAGAUUAGUAAGAAACGAAAAUGAGGUUAUAUAUUUUUUAUUUCAAAGCAAAGUAACGCGUAGCCAGUAACGGCAGUUGUAUGAUGAUCUUAAUAUCGAUACCUAACCAUGUUUUGUAUAGGAAAGAUUUAAGUGGUACGCGCUAUUAGUUUUAUAUAAAAAGAUAAUAGUCAACAUACCUCCCUUAAGCACUAUACCUGCUCCAUGACUUAAUAUUAUUAUAAUGUAUUGAUUAUGAAAAGAAAACAAAACCUAGUUAUUCUUUAUACGAAUACCAGAGCAAUUAUUUCUAUACUGUGUAAUGCAUUUUUUGUACAUAUUGAAUAAACUAAUAUA